AUGGGUGAAGGAACAGCGGGAGGCGCUGGAGAUUUCCGCGUCGUACACCUGAACGAUGCCAGUCGCAACACCGAAGCCGGCUUCUGCAACAACUUCAUCGUCACUUCCAAGUACACAGUGGCGAACUUCCUGCCCAAGUUCCUCUUCGAGAGUUUCCGCAAACUCUCGAACCUCUACUUCCUCAUGAUCUGUAUCCUGCAGUGCAUCCCCGAGAUCAGCAACACCAGUGGGCAGCCCUCAACUUUGCCACCGCUGCUGUUCAUUAUAACGGUUGAUGGCGUAUUUGCUGUCCUCGAAGACCACAAGCGCCACCAAGCGGACAACGUCGCCAACGCAAGCCCCACUCUCGUCCUCGACCGUGAAACCCGGAAAUUCAAGGAAAUUACAUGGGCAGACGUUGUGGUGGGAGAUAUCGUCAAAGUUGGAAACCGUGGGCUGGUACCCGCUGACAUGUUGGUGCUCGCGGUUAGUGAAGUUGCACGGUGCGGAAUCUGCUAUGUCGAAACCAAGUCAUUGGAUGGAGAAACCAACAUGAAAGUCCGAUCGGCGAUGGAGUGCACGUUGGCAACGAUGGGUUCUGUCGACAAUCUUGUCGCGAUGAAAGGUGUAAUCCGUUGCGAGCACCCCAACAACGCCAUCAACAGCUUCCAAGGUGUGCUGGAGCUUGAGGGGAAGGAAAAGGCGUCGAUUCCGUACGAAAGCAUCAUCCUUCGUGGUUGCAUUAUCCGCAACACUGACUGGGUGCAUGGUGUGGUUUUCAAUACCGGCAAAGAUACGAAGAUUAUGAUGAGCAACUCGGCGCCGCCGUCUAAAAUGAGUUCCAUGGACCGAUCUAUCAACCAGUACACUGUCGUGCUGCUGGCGAUUCUGAUUAUUUUCAGUGCUGUUGGAGCAACGGGUGCAGUGACCUGGAAGACGAACCACAGCUCUGUGUGGUACCUUGAAUUGGACGCGUCCGACAACAGUGCCUUUGUCGACUGGCUUAUUAUGUUGUUCUACUACCUGCUGCUGAUGUACCAGUUCGUGCCGAUUUCACUUGCGGUUUCCAUGAGUAUGGUCAAGUAUCUCCAAGCGCAGUUUAUCCAGUGGGAUAUCACAAUUUACCACCCGGACACCGACACCCCGACGCUCGUGCGCUCCAUGUCUUUAAAUGAAGAGCUUGGGCAAAUUUCGUACAUAUUCUCUGACAAAACGGGCACGCUUACCUGCAACGUUAUGGAGUUCCGGAAGUGCUCGAUUGGUGGCGUUUCGUACGGCAAUGGUACCACUGAGAUCGGCUUGGCAGCGUUAAGGCGUGCAGGAAAACCCCUCCCCGAUAUGACUGUGCAGUCAAAAGACCCCAAGGUUCCUUACGUGAACUUUGAUGGCCCAGACCUGUUCAACGACAUGAAAGGGGACUCGGGGUCAGUUCAACAGGGACGCAUCGAUGCCUUCUUCACCCACCUCGCGGUCUGCCACACUGUCAUUCCAGAACGCCACGAAGGUUCCAACGAGGUUACACUGUCGGCUUCUUCACCUGAUGAGCAGGCUCUAGUUGCUGGUGCAGGAUACUUUGGAUACGAGUUUGUGAACCGAUCUCCCGGAGUAGCGCACGUUAAAGUCCGCGGUACCGUACAGAAAUACGAGAUGCUAGACGUGCUGGAGUUCAACAGUACCCGCAAGCGCAUGAGCACAAUUAUUCGUCACCCCAACGGCCGGAUCUUCUUGUAUUCGAAAGGCGCAGAUGUGAUCAUCUAUGGGCUGCUCAAGAAAGACAAAGAGGACGAAUCAACUUCAUCUCAACUCCAAGAGAUCACUCGACGCCACAUUGACCAAUACGCAGAAGAUGGACUCCGCACGCUUACAAUCGCUGUUCGUGAAAUUGAACCGUCCUACUACAAGGAGUGGGCGUCCCGUUUCCACGAAGCCCAGAACAGCCUAGCUGAAAUUGACAAGCGCAAGAAGGACCUACCAAACGACAUCGAUGAAUGCAUGAGUGAGAUUGAGAGUGACUUGGAGCUGCUUGGAGCUACUGCGAUUGAGGAUAAACUGCAGUCUGGAGUCCCGGAUACGAUUGCCAAUUUGGCCUGCGCGGGUAUCAAGAUCUGGGUUCUCACGGGUGACAAGGAAGAAACGGCAAUCAAUAUUGGCUUCGCUUGCCAGCUCGUGACAAAUGACAUGAAGCUUUUCAUCAUCAAUUCGAAGAACGCACCCACGCCCGAUAUCCUUGAAAGCACUUUGCGGGAUGAGAUUGGGGCGCGCAGCGCGGACGUCACUGUGUAUCUCGCUUCGCCUCCGAGCACCAGAGGAGAGUUACGCGAGCUGGCUUUAGUCAUCGAUGGCGAAACACUCAUGUUCGCACUACGGGGACCGUGCCGUCCACUUCUCGCUGAAUUUUCUCAGUACUGCAAGGCCGUGAUCGCUUGCCGUGUGUCUCCUGCUCAGAAAGCUGAGAUGGUCGCUCUCAUCAAAGAAUAUGUCCCUGGUGUCCGCACACUUGCAAUUGGAGAUGGAGCAAACGAUGUUUCCAUGAUCCAGGAAGCUCACGUGGGUGUUGGUAUUUCUGGCCAGGAAGGCAUGCAAGCAGUCAACUCGAGUGACUACGCUAUCGCCCAGUUUCGCUUUUUGCAGCGCUUGUUGCUCGUGCAUGGUCGCUGGAACUACCGGCGUAUGGCGCAGUUGGUGCUGUAUAUUUUCUACAAGAACAUUCUCUUUACUGCGGCCCAAUACUGGUUCACGUUGCUGUGCGGGUUUUCGGGGCAGAAGUUUUACUUGGAGAGCGGUACACAGCUGUACAACAUUGCUUUAACGGCAAUUCCUAUCGUUGCAGCUUCAAUUCUGGACCAAGAUGUGAACGACGAAGUGGCCAUGACAUUCCCCAAGCUCUAUUUCACGGGACCUCGCGACGAAGAUAUCAACACCAAAAUUUUCUCUCUUUGGGUUGUCGGUGCGAUCGUGGAGAGCCUUAUCAUCACCUUUGUCACUCUUCACGGGAUGGCCAACGCGGGGUUUCAUGGAACGAGUCCGACGAUGUGGCUUGAGGGCUACGUCGUGUUUACCCUUGUCGUGUCGAUUGCCAACUCGAAGCUGUUCAUGUUUCAGAACAGCUUCUAUUUCUUCAACUACUUCCUCUACGCAGGUUCUGUGGGUGUGUGGCUCAUAGUUGCGUUGGUAUGCAGCCACGUCACAAUCCUCUCCGACCUCACGUGGGAGCUCAUGCUAGAACAGGCUUUCGAACAAGCGUCGUUUUGGCUGGUUUGGCUCUUCGUGCCAAUAGCAGCGCUCUCAUACGCGCAUCUCCUCAACGGCAUCAGAUCGACGUUCUUCCCUGAAUAUUGGCACCUGGCCAAGGAGGUGAUCAAGUUCAACCUCGAUCGCAAGCUCUUGCAGUGGAACGAUAAUAGCAACUCUUCAGUGGCCGUGCCAGCUCGACUACCUCGCUCAAAGGCAACCAGGAAGAACGGAUCUGUCAUUCCAACUAAUGGUCGACCUUCGCAGCACCGGACGACGCUACAGAAGGCAUAUCACGGGUUUGCAUUCUCCAAAGAUGGCCACGCCGGGGCCACAGAAACUCGGUUACUCAUGAGUCGUGGCUCUGUCACUAGUGGGUGA